AUGGCUACUCGAAUCCGCGAGAUGGCAGACGCUGCUAGCAAAACAGCGGUGCAACUGGUCAAACGCAUAGCCAUUACUCCCAAGCCCGAUAGCCCGCCUGGAUUAAUAGAAGCCUUGACGGUGGACCCGUGGGACAAGUCCGGGAAGUAUGGAAUGGGAUGGACCUACUUCGCUCUAGCUCUCAUGGGGACGGUCUUGCUCAUGCGGUUCUGGCACUUUUGGCAGGACAAGAUCCGGCAGGCCAUUUACAAGCAAGAAGUGGAGGAAUACUACGCCAACUUAUACAACACCGACCCCGACUACGCCCACGCAGUCCACACGGGGCAAGCACAGCAUUUCUUUCCCGAUUCCGAUGGACUGGGAGAGAAGCAGUUCAAACCCAGGGCCCAUUUCUCCUCUGUUGGUUUCGUCAACGACACACUGGCCCUUUUCCGCUGGGUCUUUUAUCGGCCCAUUCCUGAUUUUGUCUGGGGCAGCCACCGAUUCACCUUCUCCUCGCUGGCUGUCGUCGCCUGUGGCCUCAUCGCCCUGGCCUUCGUGACGCUCUACUGCUUCCUCCAACAACCGCUUUACUGGCAAAGCAUCCAAUUCGGCUCUCCGCCCGUUGCUAUCCGUUCUGGCAUGAUUGCCGUCGCCCUUACGCCCUGGAUCAUCGUGACCAGCAUGAAGGCCAACGUCAUGUCCAUCCUCAUUGGUAUUGGUCCCGAGCGCCUCAACGUCUUUCACCGCUGGGCAGGCUACCUUUGCCUAAUCCUGUCCUUGGUGCACACGAUCCCUUUCUACGUCCAGCCGGUCUGGGACGAUGGUGGCAUGGACGUCUUCUCACGCCUCUUCGACGGUGGAAGCGGUGUCAUCUACGGCACGGGCAUUGCCUGCCUCGUUCCCCUGGUCUGGCUCUGCGUCGCGUCAUUGCCGUUCAUCCGCCGCAUCGCAUACGAAGUCUUUGUCAUGCUCCACGUGCCUGUUGGCAUGGUGUAUGUCGGACUCUUGUUUUGGCACACCAAGAACUACCUGGCGUCCUGGGACUACCUGUGGGCAACGGUCGGCAUCUGGGUUCUCUGCUACCUAAUUCGCCUGGUCAACCUCAACUGGACGAGGCCGUGGCGGUUGAGCUUCAUGGUCGGCGAUGAAGCCGCCAUCAGCCUCCUUGCCGAAAACGCCAUCAAGGUCACCAUUCCGACUCAGAUGCGCUGGAAGCCGGGCCAGUAUGUCUACCUCCGCAUGCCAGGCGUUUCCUUUUUCGACAACCACCCUUUUACUAUCUCGUCGCUUUGCAGCGAGGAUUUCCCCUCGGAGUACGGCGAGAACUACAGAGACUGCAUCCUUGUUUUCAAGCCCUACGGCGGCUUCACCCGCAAGGUCCUCGACAUGGCCAUCGAGAAGGGCCCAUUCCACACGUAUCGUGCGUUCCUUGACGGUCCGUACGGGGGUAUGCGCAGGGACCUUGCCGCCUUCGACACGUGCAUCCUAAUUGCGGGCGGAAGCGGCAUUACGGCGUUGAUGUCGCAAUUGCUCAACUUGAUCAAGCGUAUGCGUGAUGGAAAGGCCAUCACGAGGAAGGUGGUCGUGGUAUGGGCCCUCAAAAGACUCGAGGCGAUGGACUGGUUCCGUGAAGAGCUCCGGAUCUGCCGCGAAUCCGCGCCCCCAGAGAGCGUCACCUGCAAGUUCUUCGUCACCUCGGCUGUGCGCAACCGGGCCAUGAUGAUGGGAGAUGUAGAUCGCACCGCUCCUCGAGCAUUGAGUCAUCUAUUCCACGACAAGCUGGACGGUUUCGUGGCUGGCAUCGCAUCGAAGCGCAACUCGGCUCUCAUUCAAUCGGUGGCACAGGGCGACCCGGACCGCGAGCAGGAAUUGCGCGCCGAGCAGGAGGACAAGAUCACGGCGCUGCCACAACAGAAGUAUCUACAACCUCACCAAUAUCCUCCACCACCACCGGGACCGCCGCCCUCACAUCGGUACUCUGCCCAAGAAGAAUCAUUACGAAAGCUCGAGGGGCGCGAGGGCGACGAGGAGGGAGACAAAGACACGAAGAAGCGCGAGUUCCACUUCCCCCCGAUCAACACUAAGGGCGAGGUACCCCAUUUCAACUACGCGCCGGCAUCGCCUCGGAAAGUGCCCGAAACAAGUCCGCGGAACUCUGAUGUUCCCGUGAGACCGCCCGAAUUGGCGCACUUGAGGACGACCAACCUCCCGGGCGCCGGCCAACCCCGUCCAACUAGUACGUUUGGUCCGCCGUCGGGCUUCGACUUUGGCUUCCCCGAGACGCCGACUGAGUUCCAAAAGAGCCUGAUGCGCUUCGCCUUCCCUGUGCCGCACCAGAUCGACGGCGGUUGGUCGGUCGAGUACGGCCGGCCUGACCUCGGGUAUAUGCUCAAAGAGUGGGCCACCGGAGGGGCCGACGGAAGGGGCAUCCUCGGCCGGCGUACGGCGGUGUUUGUCUGCGGCCCGCCGGCCAUGCGCGUCGGCGUCGCCAACACGGUGGCGCGGCUGCAGGCGGCGAUUUGGGGCGACGAUAUGCUGGAGGAGAUCUACCUGCACACCGAGAACUAUGCCCUCUGA